AUGGCUAAGAGUGCCGAAGUGAAGCUGGCCAUCUUCGGUCGAGCAGGAGUCGGGAAGUCAGCGCUCGUUGUGCGUUUCCUAACCAAGCGGUUCAUCUGGGAGUACGAUCCGACUCUUGAGUCUACUUAUCGUCAUCAAGCUACCAUUGACGACGAAGUUGUUACCAUGGAAAUACUAGACACAGCUGGCCAAGAAGAUGCUAUUCAGAGAGAAGGGCACGUCCGAUGGGGAGAAGGCUUUGUGCUGGUUUAUGACAUCACUGAUCGAGGGAGCUUUGAAGAAGUCCUCCCCCUUAAGAACUUGCUGGAUGAAGUUAAAAAACCCAAGAAUGUUACUUUGAUCCUAGUUGGAAACAAAGCUGACCUGGACCACUCCAGACAGGUCAGCACCGAAGAAGGGGAAAAGCUGGCCACCGAACUUGCUUGCGCCUUUUAUGAAUGCUCAGCUUGCACCGGGGAAGGUAACAUCAUGGAAGCCUUUUAUGAGCUUUGCCGGGAAGUACGGCGUCGCAAGAUGGUCCAGGGCAAGACCCGAAGACGGAGUUCCACCACUCACGUCAAGCAAGCAAUUAACAAGAUGCUCACCAAAAUCAGCAGUUAAAAUUUCCCCUCCAAAGGUUAUUGUAAAGCAGGUUAAUCUUCGAUGGAGAGAGAUUGCUAGGCACACUAAUCGAUCAAUAAGAUAGUUAAAUCUCUCUUUUUUAACUAUCCCAUGAUCUUCUUCAGCAGGUUAAGAGAAGUGAGGCAAGUGUUGGUCUGGGAGCAUAUGCACGUCCUCUAAUUACACUGUGAAUUGUAUCUUCUAAGAUCAAUUCAUAGGGUAGAUUAGAGGAUGGGAAUGCAUUCAGACACACCAGGAUGAAUGGUAAGAAGACUUCUACCCAGACAUUCAUAACCAAUCAAAUCCAGGAACGAAAGGGGGUGCUUAAAUUCUCUGCAGCACUUGAUAGGAUAUUAACAGGAGACUGGCUAAACCAAUCAGUUUCAUGCUUGUUGUAGUGGUUUUGUUUUAACUUACUUUGGAUCUUUUAGACAGCUCCUCCUUAUGUUAUCUUAAACUUUUACCUCAGGAGAGCCCUGGUCACAACAACCAACCAACCAACCACCAGUACACACAAACAGCUUCAGGUAGUCUCUACUUUACCCAGGCCUUUACCUCAAGAACACCUUCCCUUCGGGGCUUGAAUUCCACCACUAACACCACCUGUGGCAUUUUGUCCACUGUGUGUGACCUGUAUGUUGCUGCCUCCCUGACUUUCUUAGUGUUCCCAAAAGGGUUUCACUGCCGCCAAAGGCUUUUGUCUUGGAUCUCUUCCGUAUAAUUGAUAUUAUAGGGAGGCUUAGUUAUAGAUAGUAGAUAACAGAACGGUCAGUGCAUGGGGUGGCUGUGAGGUAUAAAAAGGAUCCUGUAUUCUGGAUGAAACAGGCAUUUUGCUUAACCGGAAGUAGAAUUUAUAAGUACGUAUACGUGAUGGUUGCAGAUAAGCUUAUUGGUAGGAUAUUACAGAAGGCUAGCUAAAUCAGCUUUGGCUUCCUGCUUGCAAUGCUUGAUAAACAGUCAUCUGCCGCCUUCAAACGGGGGAGGGGGGUCACAUGAUUAGUGCUCACCUCACGUUAAG